AUGCGUAACUUUUUUACUGUCCUUCUCGUCGCCGCCUCGGCGCUUGCGUCUCCAGAGCCACAGAUCACGGGCAGCGGCGAGUCUAUUAGAAGCGAGACCAAUCCCGAUGCCGACGCAUCUGCCUCCUCUGCUGCCUCAGCGCUGGUAGCAGCGAUCCCCAGCUCCAUCCUGACCGUGAUGGAGACUGCCAUUCCUGCCUCGUGGCAAGACUCCUUAUAUCACAACAAAGACGAAAUCCUUACGGAUCCUUCAUUCCGCUCCUCGGUUGCGAGUGCCGCGUCCGCGGGGACUUAUCCAGCUUGGUAUAAUGAGCUGCCCAGCAGCGUGAAAGCCUGGGCGAGCUCGAACUUUGAUGCUCAGGUUCUCGGUGUCUCAACUACCUCGCAAAGCGUUGCUUCAGAGACUGGUUCUAACGCUGUCUCAACGAGUGCAUCUGCUGUCUCAAAUGCCUCGCAAAUCACUUCCUCUAGCGCCUCCUCUGCUGCUACUUCUGUUUCCGGCUCUACGUCUGUUUCAUCUGCAAAGUCGACUGGCGGUGCGCCCGCGCCUACUAGUGGUGCCGCUAUGGGUGUUGCUGGUGCAGCUGGUGUGCUGGCUCUGGCUCUCGCCCUGUAA